CCCUUGGUUCCUUAGUAACGUCGUCGUCCGGAGAAGCUGCGUGAUGCCCUAAUGGAACUAGAGGAGCUGCUGCAGUCAUGCCCGGUCAUGAGUGUCAGAUGGAGAAGCAAACAGUGCUGUCAGCUGCUGUUGAGAUCAGGUGUGUUGGUGACCCUUAUCCUGGGCGGAGCUCAGGUUGAACGAGUGGCCAUCGACAGAACGCUGGUGGGGCGACUACCUGCUGACACCAUCAGUGAUGCGGUGAUUGGCGAUCGCUUCCUGCUAUUCACACUGAUGGAGAGGAGUCAGGUGUGUCAGGUUUACCUGAACAGGAAGAACCAGAGCUCACCUGAGCCAGCACGACACAUGGAGAAACUCACAGCUGCAGAGAUUAAGGUUUCAGUGGUGGAUUUACCUGGUGGAGGACGACGAGUGGAGCGCCGCGUGGGGCUGAACCGGACGCAGGAUGUGGUCGUGUGCUGGUGGCCCCUCUGUAACGAGGAGGUUAGGCCUUGGUCUCCUGUCCCUAGUGCAGUGGACAGGGCCAACCUAGUGCUGCUCGCCUGCUCGGAUACACCAGGGCUUACGGUUUUGAGCUCUAUCCGAACUGACGGGAACCCUAUAGACUGCAGAUUCAGUUUGACCCAACCCUACCAUGUCCUGACCCUGGAACUGCACCAAGAGGCCAAAUACUCCACGUCUGAGCUGUACGAGGAGGCCCAGACUCCUGAAGUCCAAAACUGUGUGUAUGAAUAUGCUCGCGGACGUCUCCAACGUCUGUCCGGCUCUCCUCUACCCCUGACAUCCAAACCCAUAACCUGUUGUCGUGACCCGCUGGAGCGCUGGGUUCUCUUGGGGCUUCAGGACUGCUCUGUGGUUCUUUUUGACCCACAGUCAGGCCACUCCCAGUGGGCCUCCUGCUCCAUGGUGCCGGUGGUACUGGCAUGGCAUCCUUCAGGAGCUCUGCUGAUGGUGGGCGGAAGUCAAGGCGAGCUCCAGUGCUUUGAUAUGGGGCUCUCGCCUCUCCCUCUGCGGCUAGUGAAUGAAGAACCGACUCCUAACUCUAUAGGCCCCAGCCUGCAGCUCUCUCAUCACAUAAAAACCUCUGAGGGGCUAGAGGAGGUCCAAUGGGCCUACUGUCCGAUAUCCCAUGGAAAUGAGGGUCUGGAGGCAAAUGACUUACUGUUGCUUCGGUUUAAUGGAGGGCCGCUUGCUGCACUGAGGCUAAGACUAGGUGUGUUCAGUGGCGCUCAGCUAGGCCCAGGUGAUAUGGUACAGCACCGUUUGCACUGUGAGGAGGUGGAUGCAGCACUGGGAAUUCUGGGUAAUAUGGACUGGGCCAUGAUGGGAGCAGAGUGUUACAGGUCACUCAUCUCCAUCACAGAUCACCUGCUGAGAAAACCACUGGACCAGCAAACUGAAGGUCAGUUGGAAGCGGCAUUGGGGAUAUUUUAUGCCCCCUGCAGACCCCUCUCAAACACUGUCAUACUGGAGUACAGAGACCCCAUCAGCAGAUACGCCCGCCGAUUCUUCCAUCACCUGCUCAGACACCAGCGGUUUGAAAAAGCCUUCUUGCUGGCUGUAGAUAUCGGUGCGAGAGAUCUAUUUAUGGACCUCCAUUACGUGGCAGCAGAUAAGGGUGAGGUGGUGUUAGCCGCUGUAGCCAAGAAGAAGGCUAAUGAAAUAGACACAGAGGCACAAACAUUGGCACCAGAUGAGUGUCAGUCAGCGUACGAAGGGCAGAGUAGAGUCAAACUACCAUCAACCAUCAGUGAGAGGCAUGUUCACGACUUCAAACACUUGAGCACUGCAUCAAGUAGGGCUGGAGAAAAGUCAACCUCUGAGGCUACAGAUGACUUCUCGAACACCCUCACAAGUCAUCGCACCUGGAAACACACAGAAAUUAACCUUGCUGACCAGAACACCCAGGUGUCUGAGGAGGGGAAACUGAAAGUUAUUCAUUUUGGUUUAGUGUAAAUAUACAUAUUUUGUAGAAUUAAUAGGUUUUAUUAUUUGUAUUAUUUUUUUAUUAUUAUUUUUUUACUGAAAGAAACAGUGUAACAGAUUAAAUGUGCUUAAACCAUAAAAACUACUUUUAAAUAAAAUGUUUUGCAAUUCUUCUGA